AUGUUUCGAUCGUUAACUACAAUGUCAUACAUUAAUCGAGUGAAAAUGAUGAAAAGCCAGAAUGUUUUUUGGCACCGAUUAAAACUAAGGAAUAUAAUUUUGCUAAUUUCGAUUUUUAAUAUCUGCUGUGUGAACAUUAAUUUAAAUGAAUAUCCUAGCAAGUGUACUAUCAUCAUGCCAGCUACAUCGGCAGUGUCUGUUGAUUUGGCAGUGAAUGCAUUAAUUAAACAUAUUUCAUACUUCACUACUGAGGUUUUACCAGUGCACAGUUCACCAGUAUGGAAAAAUAUUUCUGAAGAGUUGAACGGAUUAUGGAAAGUCCCGGCUGUACGGAUAAAUGUCCGUCAAGAUAGAAGAAGAAUUUUAAGUAUUGCUCGAGAAAAAUAUGGGAUUUAUUUUAAUAAUAAAGAAAAUAUUUCCCCUGUUUGUAAUACUUCAACAGAUAGUGGAGAUCAUUCUAAUACCAAUGAUACUAAUGAUGAUGACAUCAAGGCAGAUGAUGACCUCCUAUCGGAUGAAGGUUACAAUGAUGAUGAAUUUGAAAAUUUUCAUGUAACAAUUUCUCGUAAACAAUGGAAUUUAAUGAAACGCGAUGAACCAUUCAUAUACAAAGGUCGCCGGUAUCACGGUUUUGAGCCUGGCGUGUGGACAAACAUAAUUUCAUUUGCUCUUUGGGAGCAGUAUCGUCUCAAAUUUGCGUUUGUAUUUAAACAUGGAAAAAUUAAUAAAACAAGUGAUAAUUAUUAUGCCACUAUAACUGGAUAUUGCAAAGAUGGCUCUUGCCUCAAUCCUAUUCGAGGGAUCAUAAAAAAUCCUCCUUUAGAUGAAGGACCUGUUGUCAUUACUAUGAAAUGCCGGGAUACACGUAAUUCUAAGCAUGCUGACGUGAAACGUCCUCUCAAUGGCAUCGACGCAACUGGUGGCUUAGUGAAAAAAUUAACUGAAUCGGGCCCUAACAAAAGUGGCUACAUAUUUUUAUAUCAGAUAGUUAUUAACUUUGAUGGAACAACCGUACCCAGCUUAACUACCAACAAUGGUUUACAACCUCGUACUUUCAUACGAUUGGAUACAGCACACUUUCUUCAUACAGUUAGCAGAUGGAAAUGUUUUCAGUCAGUGCUGCAUAAAAUUGUCAAGUCUUUUUUUCUAUAUUGUGUUGCACUAAUGAUAGAUUGUAAAAGUCUAUCUUCAUUAGAAGAAAUUUUCACGCUGAUAUUAAUAGUAUGUAGAACCGAGUUUGAAGAUUCAAUAAUAGCAAUAGAUGACCGUAUGAUUACGCCGGGUGAAGCUAAGAAAACUUUAGAAAAAUUAAUUGCAACCCGGGAUCUUAGCAAUGAUCUUAACCUUGAUCUUAACAAUAUUGAUUUUGUCGAAGUCGAUCCUGAUAAAACGUUGGUUUUUGAAGAAUUAUCACAAAAAGCUACUGACAAUAAGGGGUGGUCAGUCGCUCUUUUAAGAUGGAUUGAUAAAGUUUGUCGAAAAACUAAUACUGUAAUCUUCACUGGAAAGAAGUUAAAUACACACUACGUUCCAGAAUUGUAUGGUAAUCUUGUUGAUAACAUGAAAGACUUUCCACUUUGGUCGAAUGUGUGUACACCUGAGACUAUGCUACGACCAAACUCUUGUUUCGUAGAAACAGCCUUUAAAGACUUAAAAAUGACAUUAAGUAAAAAAGUUAAGUUACCUACAUCAGUAAUAAAAUUUUUGAAACUCCACAUUGAUGAUAUUUUAGGUGGCAUUAAUAUAUUCCGUUCCAAAUUGACAAAAUUUGUAGUUGAUCAUUGCGACGACUUAAAAACAUCAAAAGAAGAAAAUUUUUAUGAGAAUUGGAAGGGGAAAGGAAAAAAUGAAGCUGCAAUGGAUUAUGACUGGACAUCAGAUUAUGCGAUGGAUGUAUCGGAUAACAUUGAAUCAAAUUAUCCAGUCACCACAUCUGAGAAUACAUCAGAACACAUCAGAAAUACACAAUUAGCAGAAGACCUAAAUGACUCCAUAAUCAUGCUCAAAAGACAUGAAGAUCAC